UAUUCACGCCUCGUUCUGAAAAAAUCGAAAACGAGGCUCUUAACGCAUCGCGUAAUGUAAACAAUGGCGACUGUCAACAAAGGCCUCAGGGAUCCAGGUUGGACAAAUAAUUUAGCAGCUAUACCAAAUAUUUCAAUGAGUGACGUGGUUUCAAUCAUUCAAAAACAUUCUAAAGUACCGAACAAACACCUUUCAAAGGGCUACAAAUUUUUCCAUGGAUCGUACAUUCACGAUAUUUCAGUUAAAGUUAAUGCAGAAGGGUGUAGUGUGAGAUGUAAAUGCUUCAGGUCCAUGAAAAAGAAUGAAACUCCAUGGUCAAUACAAAUCACUCUUGUGAAUACCAAGGAGCUUAGAAGCCAGCUGUGUGGUUGUGGUGCAGGGAAAGGGUCCUGUGCUCAUGUUGCAGCACUUGUCUACCAGUUAGCCCACUACAAAACACUCAAGAUGAAGGCAGUGCCUGAUAUAAUAUCCAAGACAUCUUGUCCCCAACAAUGGCAGGUGCCUCCAAGAACUCAUGGAAUUAAACCUAGGGACCUGACAGAUGUAAAAUUUGUUAAACCAAAGGCAAAUGCCAAGAACUCUGAAUCAUGUGUAUGUAGCACUCUGUAUAAUCCAGUGAACACUGAAUUUCCUGACAUGUCACUUAUUUCUGGUCUGCAGAAUAUAUUGCCACUGCACGACGACAAACUGCAGCUGCUACAAGUUCUGCCAGACAACCUUGAAGCAUCCGUUAUGCAUGGUUUCUGGUCUGGAUCGUACCAUUAA